GCGGUGUAAACACUUCAUGCAUUGGCAGCUCGCUCCAGGCUAAGCUAGUUAGCUUCCUGUCUCCCCCCGCCGUCCCGCCGCACUUUGGACCUCCGGACCGGUGAUGGCCGGCGUCGCCCUGAAACUGUCCGCUCCGUGGCGCCUGGGCAGAAUAAGAGGUGAGGAUGACAGAAGCUUGGUGAGAUUACCCAGCAUUCCCAGUGUGACGUUCCACACCACAGCGUCUCCCAUGAUGGGUGAGUAUCUGCUCCAGUUUGAGCAGGCCAAGAACAAGCUGUCGACGCUGAAGAGCGACCCGGGCAACGAGGUCAAACUGAAGAUCUACGCUCUGUUCAAACAGGCCACCCAGGGUCCCUGCAACACCCCCAAACCGGGCAUGCUGGACUUCGUCAACAAGGUCAAAUGGGACGCCUGGAAAUCUCUGGGCUCCAUCUCACAGGACGAAGCCAGGCAGCAGUACUGCGACCUGAUUGGCUCUCUGGUGCUGGCAGAAGGUGGAAGCCCCGCCCAGGUGGCUGCACAGCCUGCUGGGAGCGGGACGACGUACGAGACCCUGCUGGUCACCACGGCGGACAACAUCACCACCAUCAAACACCGACCCACCAAGAAGAACGCCAUCACCACUGAGAUGUAUGAAGACAUCAUCUCAGCUCUGCAGCAGGCAGCGAAAGACGACUCCGUCAUCACCGUUUUCACUGGUGCUGGGGACUUUUACUGCAGUGGGAACGACCUGUCCAACUUCACCAAGAUCCCUGAGGGAGGGCUGGAGGCCAUGGCCAAACGGGGCGGGGAUCUGCUCAGGAAGUACGUGAAGGCGUACAUUGACUUCCCGAAACCGCUGGUCUCCGUGGUAAACGGACCGGCCGUAGGAAUCUCAGUCACAGUGCUGGGACUCUUUGACCUGGUCUACGCCACGGAGAGGGCCACCUUCCACACGCCGUUCAGUCAGCUGGGCCAGAGCGCCGAGGGCUGCUCCUCGUACACCUUCCCCAAAAUAAUGGGCCACGCCAAGGCCACUGAGAUGCUGCUGUUCAAUAAGAAGCUGACGGCGGUUCAGGCAUGCGAGUUGGGGCUCGUCACUGAGGUUUUCCCCGACAGCAGCUUCCAGUCGGAGGUUUGGACCAGACUGAAGGAGUACGCCAAGCUGCCUCGCAACUCUCUGGCUUUCUCCAAACAGCUGAUCCGCUCGGCGGAGAAGGAGCGGCUCCACGCGGUGAACGAUGCGGAGGUGGAGCGUCUGGUGGAGCGAUGGAUGUCAGACGAGUGUUUCAACGCCGUCAUGAGUUUCUUCCAGGCCAAGUCCAAACUGUGAGACAGGAGGUGUGUUCAGGGUCACUGUCACUUUAAAUUAGACUUCAAAUCAUAGCAGCAGGACGAAACUCAUAUAAAACACGUCGGUUCUUAAAAUAAAGUUCUGAAUUUUUACUCACUAACUGAAGCAGAAUCACGACUUUAAGGUGUUGCGGAAACUGAGAGAGCAUCUCCUCUUCUCAAAUUUCAGCGUAGAUGUGAGCAAUAUGACCUCGAAUUAAUAUCACCAUUAAUUCAACAUUUGACCUCAAUUACGAUUAAUGAACGAUUAUUUUGUUUUUUGCCUUUUUUGUUUGUUUUUUGCCCUCAUAGUUUACUGACGCAGUGUCAUGUGACCAUGGUGUGUUAGAGUGUAAUUAGAAAAAAGGCUGAAAAUAAGGCAAUGUGCCUGUGGCCCCGGGCCCCAAAAUCACUACAUGUGGCCCUGGUAAUAAUACUGAGGUGAGUGUGAGCGGCUGGAUGAGACAUGGAGCGAAGCGUCCUGGUGUUUCUAAAUAAUUCAAAGUCUGACUGAAGCUGAAACUAAAACGGAGUCGUCUGUCGACGACCGCUGAAUAUUUGGCUGUUUGUUCACUCGGAGAAGCUCCGUCUGUUUCACUGCGCUGCUGUUUGUUAUUGAAAAGCCGCUCGGCUGUCAAACACUCGGCGGUAUUUUAGAGCCGCUCGCUGCGUCACAUGACUGUUCAGCACUUCUGCUGUCGUGAUGUUUUGCGGGAGAUUUUCCUCGCGGUCGUGAGAGUUGGAAACCGUAGCGCGGAAAUGAUCAGCAGAUUUUAAAUGAAAAUAACCGACAUGCGCAAGAUCAGGUUGGUUCUGAAUGUCGGUUUCGAUUAGUCUUUGAUGAGUUGCUCCGCCCUGUUUCAGCGUGUUGACGAGCAGGAAACGACCUCAGCUUCGGCCCCACAGACUUUAAUUUUGCAGAUUUCUGUUUCAGUGACACAUUAUCGUUUCUGCCGUCCGCGGAUCAGCACACAUCUCCACCGUGAGAUUAUUUUCAGCUUCUGAGCUGCGUACGAGCUGAGAUCGAUUAUAGAGCAGCGGCGGGAAACAAGCGUCACUGUCGGUGUUUGUGAACUCAUGAACGUUUGUCCUGUGAUCACAUGAAGGAUGCCGUCUGAGCUCUGCUGACGGUCUGAGUGCCUUCACAUCUUUGUAAAAUCUUUCAGACCAUCAAACCUUCUGCCUCUUCUUUUUCUUCUCCUCAUCACUCUGUCCGCUCAAUAAAAACACACUUUGUAAUUA